AUGUCCCGCUACGAUAUCGCUAGGGAGCCUACCGCCGAGACUCUCGCACUCAACUACAAAGCGGUGUGCGACACGGUGGCGCAGGAGAGCGGAAACCGUCGUGUCACGCUGAUUGCGGUGGGCAAGACCAAGUCGCCCGCAUGUCUUCUAAACCUGUACAACCUGGGCCAGCGCGUGUUCGGCGAGAACUACGUGCAGGAGCUGGGCGAGAAGGCCAAGGAGCUGCCUGAGGACACGAUGUGGCACUUCAUUGGUCAUCUGCAGAGCAACAAGGUGAAGGAGCUCCUGGAGGGGGUGCCCAACCUGCGCGUGAUUCAGACCAUUGACUCCGAGAACCUGGCGAGCAAGGUGAACGAGGGGUGCAGGAAGUACCGUGGCGGCCGGCCACUCGAGGUGUACGUUCAGGUGAACACCAGCGGCGAAGAGACGAAGAGCGGAACGGAGCCUGGCGAGGCUACUGUGACACUCGCCAAGUACAUCGUUGAUGAGUGUCCGCUGCUGCAGUUGAAGGGACUCAUGACGAUCGGCAUGCCUGACUACACAAGUCGGCCGGAAAACUUCGAGUGCCUCACGAAGUGCCGGCAAGACGUGUCGCAGGCAGUGCAGAUGGCGCCGGAGGACCUGGAACUGUCGAUGGGGAUGAGUGGCGACUAUGUAAACGCGAUUCGAAUGGGCUCCACCACCGUGCGCGUCGGGAGCUCGAUUUUCGGCGAACGGUACUACCCACGCAAAGAGUGA